GGGAUCAGCCGAGCAAGUGUGAAAAACAUUUUGGACCGAUCAAGACGUUACCAACUUCACAAGGCAACUUUCCGGAACAAAGCCAUUCCAAAAUCUAUCAAAGCCAAAGCAGUUCAAGAUCGACAUCAGGUAGACCUUGUUGACAUGGGUGAAUGGAGGGUCAAGUAUGGCCGGGUCACAUAUAGGUACAUCCUGACUGUAAUAGAUGUGUUCAGUAGGUAUGUAUGGUUAAGACCACUGAAAGGUAAACACAGUGCAGAGAUUUCUAGACACCUUGAAGACAUUUACAAUGAGCAUGGUCCACCAAAAGUCUUACAGCAUGACCAAGGGAAGGAGUUCAAAGGUGCUGUAAAAAAACUUAUGGAUUCCUUACAAGUGAAAAUAAUUCAGAGCUCUCCCUACCAUCCUCAGAGCCAGGGUAAAGUGGAGAGAAGUCACCGUCUCCUGAGGAAGAAGAUAAUGUAUGACCUGGUCCAAUAUCAAAAAGGAGGAGUUAACUGGGUUAAGCACUUGCCAAUUUAUGCAAAGGUAAUGAAUGAAGAUCCAAAGGAGGUUUUGAGUGUGAUGUCUCCUUUUCAGGUGUAUUAUGGAAGGCAAAGUCAUGCAUGGUCCAACCAGUUAAUUUCUCAAGAAGUCCUUGAAGAACCCAGCCCACCAGGCAACAAAGCAAUGCCCACCGAAAAGCAGAGACUUUUGUUCGAGCACAAACGAAAUAGGAUCAGGAAAAGAGCAAAAGAAGCAACCCAGCGUUGCAUACGUCGACAGAACCAAUCUGGGAGGUUUAAACCCUCUAUAUAUAGACUACAUGAACAUGUCUUGGUCAGGGUGAAGAGUGUCCAUCACAGAGUCUCACAGAAACAUUUUGUGAUACCAGGUGUGAUUGUGGCAAUAAACCGUAAAUUGCACAAAUACAAGGUUGAGUUUCACAUGCCAAAUAGCCUCACUCCAACACGAAGGUGGUUCCAAGUUUCUGAUGUGACUAGUGUGACAAGAUUAGAAGAAAGCCAGCGCCAAAAGUUUCAGCCCAAAAAAGUGGACCUGAGAAUACCUCUCUCACAUGAGGACAGAUUGGAGAAUUUUGAAUCAUCAAACCUGAACAUUCGCUUUGACCCAGUCCCUGAUGGCAACUGCCAAUUUGCUGCUAUUUCUGAUCAACUGGCCACCAUUGGAAUUUUCCGUUCUGCAGCAACAUUGCGUGAAGAAAUAGUGGCUAACUUAACAUCACAUCCAUAUGGAGUGGAUGGGACACCCCUUUCAGAGUAUGUUGAGGAGACAUGGGCUGAAUAUUUACAGGGGAUGGCACAACAUGGCACAUACGGAGACCAUCUAACUCUUCAGAGAGCAUCGCAGAUAUUUAACGUUCAGUUCCUUAUUGUGUCGACUCUUGGUUUGGAUGCCACCUCUGUAAUAUCACCAUCUGGUGGUUACUUUGAAAACUCGCCUGUUUUGAUUCUGGGACAUUUUGCUGAGGGACAGGGGGAGCAUUACGUUAGUUUAGAUGGACAUGUUCACCCAUAUAUUCAGGCCAUUCAGGAGGCAGAGUUGCAGAAAGUGCCCCAACCUAGUUCUCUGUCUGACACUGAACUUGGCUCUCAGUCUGAUGCCAACCCCCCCUCUAUGUCUGACGAACCUGCCUGUAUAGCUGAUGAACCAGGCUUUCUGUCUCAAGGUGAACCUGUGUUUCAACAUAAUUCUGUUGAUCAGUCUAUGGCCCCUUUGGUUAACAUGGUUGAGGAUGCUGGAAAUGAGCUGGGAGAGCAAUACCUACCUCCAGAAGUCCUAUCAAGAAUUAUUGAGUUUGCUCUAAUCCAAGAUAUGUCCAUGCUUGGGACAUUCAAUCAAGUCUCGCGCUCAUUCCAGGCACUGUUGGCAGCAUUUUAUCCCAACCUCUAUAUAAGAGAAACACUUGAGGAGAGCCUAGAACUGGACAAAGAAAAUGACUUCACCAUCAGUAUUAUGAAGCUAUACAAGGCUGCUGGACGCAGCAGUGGUCUCAGUGCACGGAUAAGGAGUUGUUUGGCAAACAUAGCCAAUGGAUGAAAGCCUGGCUAAUUCUAAGCUAUCUGAGUUUUGGGCAGUACAAAGUUAAGGACAUCUACUGGAAAAAGUAAUGUCAGUUUUAUGUUAAUUUUUCCUCCUUCAUCAUCUGUCUUAAGUUUGUUUUGUUGUUGUUUUGUUUGUUUGGUUUUUACAUUUGAGUGAAAGCUACUUUUCAUUUGAGAAGGAACGGUUUUAGUUUCAUUUUUAUUGUUCAUGUUUUUCUAUGCUGUAUAUUAUAUAUAUAUAUAUAUAUAACUCUCAGAGAGAGAGAGAGAGAGAGAGAGAGAGAGAGAGAGAGAGAGAGAGAGAGCUAAUGAAGAGGUUUGGAGUGGAAGUGAAAAUCCUCCAUCAGCUUACAUAGAGGUUCAAUUGUUCUGCUCCAGUUGUCUCAGACCUGUUGUCUUUUAUUAGAUGGAUAUUAAUUAAUGUCACAUAUAUCAACAAUAUAAACAUAUAUUUUAUAAAACAGCUCCAGUUCCUCACAGAGUCCAGAUGUGAUCUAUAGGCUGUUAUAUCAUAGAGUUGUAGUAAACCCUCUGUUAAACACCUGGAUGACAUCACAGGAUCUUACAGGAUCAAAUAUCAUUUUUUUCUGAUCAGUAUUAAUAAUGAGAGAGAGCAAGCAAGAGAGAGAGAUAGAGAGAGAAUCUAAAUCUUAAAUUUGUCCACUGUACUUAUUUUAAUUCAGUGAACUGCACAAAAACUGCAAAAAAGUGUAUUAUUCCCAAGAACUGCAGUCAUAUAUAAUAUUAUUACAUUAUCAGCACCAGUUAUUACAUUUUCAAAGGGUUUUUAAAUACUAGGCCAAUAACGUAAUAACCA